AUGGAAAGUUUCGCUAUUAACCCAACCGGAUUGGUCUCCAUCUCACGGUUAAACCUGGUACAGAGACUACUAGAGGCUUUUCACAUACCAGGUCACCCCUGGUUCCCUCCGCACGGCUCUUCCGUCCUGUCUCCUCCACGGCUCACCUCUGGUGAGAGUCUCCUCCCCCUCCCUCAACCCCCUGACCCUGAUGACCCCUUAUCCAUUACCCGUUUCCCUCCCCUUGGCUCCUCUUCUCCCAAACCCGUCCGCUCCUCCCUGCAAACUGCCAAAUCCUCUAGGCCUGCAGUGAAGUCUUAUGUGGCUCAGCUCUCAACCUUACUGAAGUUUCUAGAUCUGGAAACAUUGUUCACUCUAACCAUGGAAACUUAA